GUAUAGACGAUACUUACCGUCCAUAAAUCACAUAAAGCCUCGAAAAACACUGCAACGCCUGUGGAACUAAAGAUCCCCUAGCUAGGGUUUUCAUUUUCUCUCUAUCUGCACCAAAGGUAAGUUUCAAGAGCGUUGCGGAUAGCCUUGCAAUGACGACCGUCGUUCCUACCUCCGAAGAAGAUCCGGCCCUCGCCGUCGUCCGCUUCACCUCUGAGCUUGCCUGGGCGGAUGCGGGUCCUGAGGUUGUAGAGCAACAAGUUUCUAGGCUUUGUUUGGAAGCUCAAGAAUGUAUCGUGAUGGGCAGAUGGCUGGACUUGGCCUCUCUAAUGCUUACUUCAGCUGACUUGAUAUUCUCCAACUCUAAGGUGUCAGAGAAAGAUCUUGAGUGUAUCUUCACUGUUAUCUGCAAUCUUGUCUCUAAGUCUGAAAGUCCUGAUGAACAACUUGAGAUGGCAAAACUUUUAUGCGGAAAAAUCAUUCAGCAACCAACUGACAAGCCUGCAUUGCGAUUGAAGAUCUUGUUCAAUCUGUACAAUCUGCUGGAGAACACAUACAGCCGGUUCUAUGUUUACAUGAAGGUUCUAAAUUUAGCAGCGAGUGGAAAAGUCACAGAGCAUGUCAUACCUUCUUUCAAAAAGAUCGAUAGCUUCUUGAAAGAGUGGAAUCUUGAGGUGAAGGAUCAGAGGGAUCUUUUUCUUGGCAUUUCUAAUGUACUGAGAGAGAGUAAGAGCUCAGGAAAGGAUUCUUUCAAAUUCCUGACCAAGUAUUUAGCUACCUUCUCUGGUGAGGAUGCAUAUGCAAUGGGUGAAGCCAAGGAGGAAGCUGUGCGCACAAUUAUCGAAUUUGUCAAGGCACCUGACAUGUUUCAGUGUGACCUGCUAGAUAUGCCUGCUGUGGGGCAGUUGGAAAAGGACGCUAAAUAUGCUUUGGUAUAUCAGCUUUUGAAGAUCUUUCUGACUCAGAGGCUAGAUGCCUACUUAGAGUUUCAGGCUGCAAAUUCUGCUUUGCUGAAAAGCUAUGGUCUUGUUCAUGAGGAUUGUAUAGCAAAGAUGAGAUUGAUGUCAUUAGUGGAUCUUGCCUCAGAUGGAUCUGGUCGAGUUCCAUAUACUCUUAUCAAGGAUACUCUUCGGAUUAACGAUGAUGAGGUGGAAUUAUGGGUAGUGAAGGCAAUAACUGCUAAGUUAAUCAACUGUAAAAUGGACCAGAUGUCUCAAGUUGUACUUGUUAGUAGCUGUGCCGAGCGUGUAUUUGGGCAGCAUCAGUGGCUGGCACUUAGAUUAAAACUAGCUACAUGGAGGGAUAAUAUUGCGAAUGUGAUAAACGCCAUCCAAGCUAACAAGAUAACUGAAGAUGGAUCACAGGCAAUGCAAGGGUUGAUGAUUCGUUAGGUUUCUUUAUUCAUAGUCAUUAGUUCCAAGGACAAUUUCCACGUGGAUUGUGGAGUGGGUGGGACGGUGAUCUGGGUCGAUGCUGUGUUACUUCUGGUUAUAAUUUUGUUUCAGUUAGAGCCAGUGUAUAGGGAAUUUUGACACAGAUGUUCUGACAUUCUUCUAUGGUGCAUGAUUUUACAGAGAGUGUAUGUAUCAUCUUCCAGUCUUCUGCAUUUAAUUUUGAUGUUAAAUUGAUUUUCAGGUUUCUUCAUAGAUUUUUCAUUAUGUUGUAAUUAAAUGUUUGGUAGGAAUGUUGAAAAUUAUGGAAAACAUUUUUUCAAUAAAAUAACGAAUUUUUGCUGUU